CGCGCAUUGGUCGGUUCCAUUUUGCACCGCAGCACUUGCCGCGAUGGUCAACGAGUCGUUCUCGCCCGAGCUCCUCGGCCUCUACUACGACCGGCUCUUCCCGUACGAGCUCAUGACCAAGUGGCUCGGGUACGACUGCAGCAUGGACAAAGGCGGCCCCGGCACGGAGCUCCUCGCCCGGCGCGAGUUCUCGUUCACGCUCGAGAACGACGUGUACAUCCGCUACAAGGCCUUCCGCGAUGCCGACGAGUUCAAGACCGAGAUGAAGAAGCUCAUGCCGUUCAAGAUCGACAUUGGCGCCGUCUUUACCGUCUCGCCAGCGGACAAGGGCAAGGUCGACGCGGCCAAGUUUGUGCCGGAGGAGCGCGAGCUCGUCUUUGAUGUCGAUUUGACCGACUACGAUGACAUUCGUACGUGCUGCCAGGACGCCAAGAUCUGCGCGCGCUGCUGGCGCUUCAUGGUCGCCGCGGUCAAGGUGCUCGACACCGCCCUCCGCGAGGACUUUGGCUUUCAGCACCUCAUGUGGGUCUACUCGGGUCGGCGUGGUAUCCAUUGCUGGGUCUCGGACUACACGGCGCGCAUGCUCACGAACGAUGCGCGGUCGGCCGUUGUCCAGUACCUCACGACCGUCGAGGGCAACGAAAACACAAAGCGCAAGGUCGUGCUCCGCGAUCCGCUGCACCCAUCGCUCGAGCGGGCGUACACGAUUCUCGAGCCGCUCUUCCACGACAUCAUCUUGAGCGACGACGGUCAAGGCAUUCUGAGCAGCCCCGAGCACUGGAAGAAGCUUUUGGAAAUGGUGCCGGACGAAGACAUUCGCGCGACGUUCCACAACAAGUGGCUCAAGACCACGACGACCGAGUCGCCAGCGACCAAGUGGGCGAAUCUCAAGGCCGCGAUCCACGACGCUCUGCAUAGCAAAAAACGCAAGCAAAUGGGCGACGACAAGCGCCGGCUCCUGUGCACGUGCAUUCCCGAGAUUGUGUUUGCGUACCUCUACCCGCGCCUCGAUGCCAACGUCUCGAAACAACGCAACCACUUGCUCAAGAGCCCGUUCGCCGUGCACCCCAAGACCGGCCGCGUCUGCGUGCCCAUCGACCCGCGCAAGAUCGACAUCUUUGACCCGGACACGGUGCCGACGCUGGCCGACCUCGAGCGCCAGCUCAACGGCGAGGCGACCGAGCACGUCAAGCCGUUCACGGACUAUAUCAAGUUGUUUGACGCCAAGUUCAUCCACCCGAUCCAGCUCGCGCUCAUCAAGCAAAAGAAAGUUCUCGCCGAGACGCAAGCGGCCGCGACCGGCGACUGGUAGAGGGGUUGCAUCUCGAAUACUAUCGCCCGUUUAUAUGCACG